AUGGAGUUCUGGUUCAUCCUCAUUGCCUUUCUCUGUUUUUGCAUGCUCAUCAUAAUGAGAGCUUUCCCCUCAAAUAUUCCUCUCCCUCCUGGACCUUUCCACCUUCCCAUCAUCUCCAACAUCCUCUUGCUGCGAAAACCAUUUUCAGAACUAGAGCCAAUUCUUAGAAACCUCCAUGCCAAACACGGUCCUAUAAUCACAUUCAACUUCUGGAAUGGUCCACACAUUUUCAUAGUUGAUCCAUCCAUUGCCCACCAAGCCUUAAUUCAGAAAGGUGCAAUCUUCGCAGACCGCCCCAAAAUCCUAUGUAACAGUGACCAACUCAACAUCUCCUCCUCCUCCUACGGCCCCACAUGGCGUGUCCUCCGCCGUAACCUGGCCUCCGUGAUGCUUCACCCGUCACGGUUGAAAUCCUUUUCAAAUACCCGCAAGCGGGUCUUAAAUGAUCUCCUGAAUCAGUUGAAAUAUGAUGCAGAAUCAUGUAAUGCCAUUAAAGUCAUGGACCAUUUGCAACAUGCCAUGUUCAGCUUGCUUGUUUUCAUGUGUUUCGGUGAAAGAGUUGAUGAGCAUUACAUCACACACAUAAAAGGCAUCCAGCGUCGUUUGAUUUUAAACUCUAGCAGAUUCACUAUACUGAAUUUCUUUCCAACACCGGUGGCUCGCGUCUUGUUCCGAAAACGCUGGCAGGAGUUUUGGCAUCUUCGGAAGGCCCAAAAACAUGUUUUGUCUGAAUUAAUAGAAGCAAGAAAACAAAAUUUAGAAAGCAGGAAGAACAAUGAUAUUGAUAAUGAUGAAUGUGCUGUUUGUUAUGUGGAUACUUUGUUAGAUUUGCAAUUGCCUGAGGAGAAACGCAAGCUGAAUGAAGGUGAAAUUGUUAAUCUAUGUUCAGAGUUUUUGAGUGCGGGCACAGAUACAACUUCGACGACAUUGGAGUGGGUUAUGGCGAAUAUGGUGAAGAACACACAUGAGCAACAAAGGGUUGUGGAGGAGAUUGAAGGGGUUGUAGGUGGAAGAGGAAAAAGGGAAGUGACAGAAGAAGAUGUGAUGAAAUUGCCAUAUCUGAAGGCUGUGAUUUUAGAAGUUUUAAGGCUUCACCCUCCCACACACUUUGCAAUUCCACAUGGAGUAACAGAGGAUGUGGUUUUGAAUGGUUUCUUGGUGCCGAAGAAAGGGACGGUGAAUUUUUUGCUGGCGGAGAUGGGGUGGGAUCCGAAGGUGUGGGAGGAUCCUAUGGCGUUCAAGCCAGAGAGAUUUUCAAGAGGUGAUCAGAAGGCAUUGUUUGAUAUCAGUGGACGUAAAGAGAUAAAGAUUAUGCCGUUUGGUGCAGGGAGGAGGAUUUGUCCAGCUUAUAACUUGGCAAUGCUGCAUUUGGAGUACUUUGUGGCAAAUUUGGUCUGGAAUUUUGAAUGGAAGAAGACUUCACUUGAUGUUGAUCUGUCAGAAAAACAGGAGUUUACUAUGGUCAUAAAACAUCCAGUGCAAGCUCUGGUUUCUCCUAGGUUCUAG